UGUCGAGACAAGAAUGAGAAGCGAAGGAAACCAUCCCAGCUACAGCGAAUCAAUGACCAUAAAUGAAUGUAACAUUGCAAGUAAGUUCUACAAAUUUAAAUUCUCCCUGAUUUUAUUACCGGUAGGUUUCUAAUGCAGCUAAUCUGCAAAAGAUCAAAACCGAAAGAGGAAAACGCAAUGGAUUCCCCAUUAAGAAACGAAAAUGAAAGAAUCGAUUUUAGUCCUAUUCAUCUUUUGCUCGCGUAUGAGGUGAUUCCAGCAGUUAGGUUCUUAACUCCUAUGCAGUUUUGUUUUCGAUCAAUAUUUAGACAAUGCGCAUAGUGAUUACUCGAUCGCUUUCACGCUAGAAAAUGUGUUAUGAUUGUCUUGUAUGAAUUCUCCAAACGAAUCUGUAACGCAUGAGAUUUAAGCAUAUUUUCUCUUUCUCUCUGUCGAAUUUUUUUAAAUUCUUAGUUUCUCAUGGUUUAAAUAUAGCUUUGCGAGGAAACGUUGGCAAAACCAUGAGUUUACUGAUGCCAUGCCUUGAGUAAUUAGUGAUGACAUUCGAUCUGCAUCUGGACGCGUCAUCUAGUAAUCGCAGCUGCCGAGUUGAUUUCAAAUUAAAUAUAGAUUGUUGUUUUCAUUCUGCCUCUUGUCAUGUAUUAAAUGUAGCACUUUCAAUCGAUCAAAGCCAAUCAGGGAUACAGUUGCUUGAUCAUGAUAAUAUUCUUUAUAAUAUUCUUUAAUCAGGGCGAAGGGGUCAAGCUUCAAAAUCUGUUUUUGGGAAAGACACUUUCCUCUUACAGUAUCUCUAUCUGCUAAGCGUGUCUGUGGGUGCCAUAAAACUGUAAUGGGAACCUGACAAAACUGAUCUUGGGAGGUUUCCUUGCAGUGGACAAGCAUCCCAUUAGUGAAGGAGGGCAGGAAGGGCAAAGUAGCAACAGGGGUGGAUCAAGGGAAGGGGUGUAGAGGAUGUGCUCCCCCCUUGCCUGAGAUGACCUGUGACUGUUUUAUUGAUGUUGAAGUAAAACAUGAGACAAAAUUAAGGAAUUCUUGUGAAAUACAGCAGCCGUUAAAAAUUAUUUGUAUUCUUGGCAGUUCACAUUGUUAUUAUGACAGACUGAUAAAUUUAUUAAGUAAGAACAUUUUAACAUUGCAGUUAGUAAGCUGAUAUUUAAAAUAAGUUCUAAAAAAAAUUUAACAAAUGCAUAGUCCUUUAAAACAACCAUGCACAAUAGUAUUUAAAUUAUAGAAUAUAUCAUUGUCAAUAAGUAUCUGAUUUACUUGUUUAUUAGACUUAUUAUACGCAAAACUAAUACCUACUCUAUGAAAAUAUAGCAACAGUGUUGUCACUUGUAACAAGUUAAACAAGAAGACCACCUUGUUGCAUAAUCAGCAAUUCAUUUGAGCUAUCAUCAAUCCAUUUCUGUCUUGUCACGUUUUGUCACAAUAUAAAUACUUGUCAAUGAGUGUAUAUUGUCCCAACUGUAAUAUAUGCAGAAAUGCUACCAAAUAUAUAAACUCGUGAGUUUAGUUUGAUAUAGAAUUAUUACUUUCAUUUGUGUGUGUGUGUGUGAAUAAAGAACUUUUGCAGAACCGAGUAGUUAACAUGGUGUCAGGAUUUUAACAAACCCAGCUAAGACUAACGUCAACAGCGAUCACCACCAGCUCUUCAAAAACAUCAACCCUCUCAAUCUACAAUGGCUGCAUUGGAGCAUUUACCGGCACCGAAAGGAAACUUCACGCCUGGCCCCAAAUGUUACCAAAAGUGCUUGGAUUGGGUUGAGGAAUGUGAACUUCUUUUGAAUGGUCCACUAGCUUUGAAGAGCAAAGCUGUGAAAGCAAAUUAUGUUCUCAUUUGAGCAGGAAAAGCUGGAAGAACACACAUUAAGUCACUGAAUCUCACCAUGGAAGAGAAGAGAGAUCCAAGUGUGCUGUUAAAAAAGUUCAUGGAGUGGACAAAGCCGAAAUCCAAUGCACUUGCAGCCGCAUCAAACUUCCGCGGCCUGGAGCAAGGUGAUCUUAGCCUUGCACAGUACAUUGACAAAGCCACUAUUCUGUGCAACCAGUGUGAAUAUCCUCCAGAAGCUCGUGAUUGACUACUUCGAGAUGCAAUAGUUAUUGGACUAUGCUCCAAAGAGGCCUAUUACAAAUGCAUUGAAAAAGAUUCAGAAUUGAUGCUAGAAGAGGCAAUAGAAAUUGCUCAGAAUCAGGACGCCACAGCACACCAAGUCGGUUACAUGUGACCGGAAUUCAAAGGCGAACCCCUACAAAUGGAAGUUCAUAAACUCCAAGGAAACAGGCAAUCAAGAGCCAGCCAGAACAGACGGCAGCCACAAAGACCAGCUUCCAAUGAUCAGAAACAAGGAAGGUCAAAGAGGGAAACUUGUUUCUACUGUGGAGCAAAACCAUCACAUCCCAAAAGUGAGUGUCCUGCAAAGAAGGCAAAGUGCUUCAAAUGUGGGAAGGAAGGGCAUUACGGUUCCAUGUGCAAAUCAAAGAGUAAAGAUGCAUGUGUUCAUGAGUUACAAGUCUAGUCUACAACAGCUUCUGAGUGCGUGGACUGCGUACUGAAUGAAUACAAGCCAGUUUACUUCAACGCACCUAUUCAUCACCUCAAGACAGUAACAGUGGAAAGUCUCAAUCAUCCAAAACCAGAACCUCACAUCCCCCACUAUGGCUCAGCCAGGAAUCUUCAUCACAAAUCUUCCAGAUUGACUGCAAGGUUGAUACCGGUGCAAGUUGUAACAUUCUGCUGUUGUACAAGGCUAAAGCACUCUUUGGAAACAACUUGAAGUUGGGCAAACCAACUGUGAACCUCAAAGGCUACAGUGACAGUCCAGUGGAAAACCUGCAUUGUGUACCUUUACCAUGGUAACAAGAUAUUCAGAGUUUUGUGCGAAGUUGCAGACAGCAAAGGUCAUAUGAUCCUAGGCAGAAAGCAAGCAUUAAUUAUGGAAUACAUCAGUUUCCCUGACAUCCAGAAACCUGCUGUCCAAGCUAAAACAGAUAGGUCUAUCAAAAAACUCGUGGAAGAGCCCGAAAACCAAUGAUGGUCUAGUAAUUCCAAGAGUUCAGAAAUGCACUGAUCCAGUGGUACCAGUGAUCCAAAGGAGCGCUAAAGAGAAGAUAACUAUUAAUGGAAGGACACACUUAUUGCCCACAACUAAGGAUUACUUACUGCAGGAAUGUGCCGAUGUGUUUCAAGGCAUAGGAACUUUGCCAGGUGGACCUUGUAGUAUCCAGUUAAAGAAAGGCUACAAACCCGUUCAACACCCACUGUGCCAAGUUGCAGUCAGCCUAAAACCACUCUACAAAGCAGAAUUGGAGAGAUUGACACAGCUUGGAGUCAUUAAAGAAGUAAGGGAGCACACCGAGUGGAUUAACUCGAUUGUUCCAGUUAAGAAACCAGAUGGUUCCUUACAACUAUGUCUUGAUCCAAAGAUCUCAACCGAGUGAUGAAGAGGAAUCAGUGGUACAGCAGGACAGUCGAUGAUAUCUUACCAGAAUUAGCAGAUUUGAAGUAUUUUAGCUUGCUUGACGUGAAAUCAGGGUAUUGGCAUGUCUCUACUGCAUUCUUCAGAGGAAACCUUACCCCAGCCAGGUGUAGGAUGGACCCCAAAAAGGUGCAAGCCAUCACAGAGAUGAAACCACCAGAGAACCUUCAAGAUUUGCAAAGCUUCCUAGGACUGGUAAAGUACCUAAACCGGUUCAGUCCAGCACUGGCAGGUUUAACAGCACCGCUUAGAACGCUCUGUAAGAAGGAUACUCUCUUUACCUGGGAAAGCUCACAACAAACAGAAAAUGGGGCUAUCAAGAAAGAGAUUACAAGUGCACCAGUGUUGGCAUAUUUUGGUUGGGGUAAAGCUAGCACUAUUCAGUCAGACACAUCCAAGAAAGGCUUAGGAGCAGUUCUUAUCCAAGAUGAUAAGCCUGUGAUCUACGCACCUAGAGCCCUCACUGAGACGGAACAAUCUUACUCUAACAUUGAACGAGAGCUGCUUAGUGUUGUUUUUUGCUCUUGAAAGAUUUCAUCAUUAUGUGUAUGGAUACACAGCGACAGUUCAAACAGAUCACAAGCCAUUGGUCAGCGUAUGGAAGAAAUCCAUAGUGUGCAACUCACUGCCUUCAGAGGCUAUUGCUGAGACUAUCCCAGUAUGACGUAAACAUUGAAUACCUGAAAGGGAAGGAUAAUGUCAUAGCUGAUGCACUGUCCAGAGUGUCUCCCCAGCCAGCACCUAAAGAAGGAGAAGACGAGGAAGAUUUUAUCUCAGUUCACAUGCUCACAGAGGAAAUCCCUGCUGAUUCUAUGAGAGUUGGAGAUUUCAGACACGCAACUGUAGAAGACCCUAUUUCCGGUUCACUGAUGUAAGUGGUUGCAAAUGGAUGGCCUGAAUUAAAGAAAGAUUGCCACCCACUUCUUGUAGACUACUGGAGCUACAGAGAAGAGAUCAGCGCCAAGAAUUGUCUACUCUUCAAAGGCCAUCGACUCAUAGUUCCUGAGAAAUUGCGUAGCAGUCCUCCAAACUUUCCACAAGGGUCAUUUUGGUUUUGAGAAGAUGCAACUAAGAGCCCGAGAAGCAGUAUUCUGGCCAGCAAUAAUCUCAGAUUUACUACAGGCAGCACAGGGUUGUGAAGUGUGCCAGAUGUUCUCAAGGAGCCAACAACGUGAGACACUGUUGCCCAAUGAAGUUCCUCAAGGACCUUGGGAGAAGUUAGGAAUUGAUUUCUUUGAGUUUCAGUCUACUACCCACCUCCUGAUAGCAGACUACUACAGUAGGUUUCCUGUGAUUCAGAAAGUACACCAACACGAGUGCUACCACUGAGAUUCUGAAGCAAGUGUUUAGCGAAUAUAGAGUGCCCCAAACCGUUGUGACAGACAAUGGCCCCCCAUUCUCGUCGAAGGAAUUUGCAGCCUUUGCAAACCAAUGCCGCUUUGACCACAUCAUGUCUAGUCCUUGUUACCCACAGAGUAAUGGUUUCAUCAAACGUAUGGUGCAGAUGGUCAAGCAGUGUUUGAGGAAAUGUGCAGCCACAGAACAUGAUCCAAGCUUAGCUAUGUUGAUCUACAGAGCCACACCCCUUACUACCAGCAUACCAUCACCUGCAGAGCUAUUGAGUGGAUGAAAGUACAGAGCAUUACUUCCAACCAAAUCCCCUAUCCAGAAUCCUCAUUACCAGGUUGUCCGAGAGCAAAUGGUGAAAGACAAGAUCAAAAUGUGCGAACACUACAAAAAAACUGCAAGGGAUCUACCUUCACUGCCACAGAAUCAGAGAGUGUACGUACAAGUUCACCCCCAGUGUAACCAAUGGAUUCCAGCAACCAUUACCAAAAAGCCAGUUGCGUCUCAACUGAGAUUGUACAGUGUCGAAACUACUAAGGGAGCCCAGUUAGUGAGGAAUCGUCACUUUAUUCGUCCAGCACAAGGGAUUGCUCCGAUACCUGCCGAAAAUAUGAAGUGUGGCGACAGCAGUUACAGCAAACGACCAAGACUUGUGAUUACAAGACCUAAAAGGCUUAUGGAGACAAUUUAAUUAGUUUCAGCGUUUCAGUUAAGGCUUAGUUUUUUUUUUAGUAGAGGGGAGAUGUUGCAUAAUCAGCAAUUCAUUUGAGCUAUCAUUAAUCCUAUUUAUUCCACCAUUCACGUCUUGUCAUGUUUUGUUGCAAUGUAAAUACUUGUCAAUGAGUGUAUAUAGUCCCAACCGUAAUAUAUGCGGAAAUGCUACCAAAUAUAUAAACUCAUGAGUUUAGUUUGUUAUAGGAUUAUUACUUUCAUUUGUGUGUGUAUGAAUAAAGAACUUUUGCAGAACCGAGUAGUUAACACACCUAGUCAUAAACCUUCUUCCUUGCUUGCUUUUGAAAUUUAUUUCAGUCACCUAUCAGUCAUGUCAUUCCCUAGUAAUAGCAAAUACUCUUAGUUAUACCUGACUUUAGACGACACAGUUGAGUUUGAAUUUUCAAAUAACAUUUAGUUUUCUUUCCUCCUUUUUCUACAGUUGGCUUCUCAGCAGUAAAAUAUGGAGGAAAAAUGUAGAUUAAACAUAACCUUGGCCACUGGUGCAGUUGGAUGGAACACAUUGGUGAACAACCAGUUACUUAUUGAACUUGCAAAAAAUUCAAAAGUGAAAGUGACUGGACUUGUGCCAAGCAGCACCCAGGAACAGAAAGAACAGGCCAAGAAAUUAAAUGUUGAACUUGUUGAUGGCCAAGAACUAUAUGGUUUUUCUUCAAUGGAACUCCUGUCUUUCCCACCAGAUGAUCUUGAAAUUGAUGUUUUGUUCAUGCACUCAUAUGGGCUUCAUGAGGGAAAACAUGCACAGAACAUAAGAAAAUUUAAGAAAUGUAAAUGGUUUCACAUCAUCCAUACCAUUGGCGAAGAACUUGCUAAAUAUAUGGAUAAGAAAUAUAAGCAGGAGUCAGAGCACCAGCUACAGCUUACACUGAGUCAGAUGGCAGACUGUGUAAUUGCAAUUGGUCCCAAAGUAGCAGACACCUUCAGAUCUGAACUGUGUCAUUGUGAAAAGAGCAAUGAUGUCAUUGAGUUAACUCCAGGGAUCAUGAAGGAAUUGGUAGGUGUGCGAAAAUCACGCCAGCCUGGAGAGAUGUUCCGCAUCUUGAUCAGUGCAACAUGGUUUGCAAAGUAUUACAGAGUGAAGGGGCUGGAUAUUGCAGCCAAGGCCAUGACGUUCUUGCAAGAGGAAUCAUGCCAUCUCAUCUAUAUCGUUAACCUAGAUGAAGAUACCAAAGACCUCACUGACCAACUCCUUACAGAAGGGAUUGAGCUGCACCAGCUUACAGUGCGACCUUUUCAAAGUUCUAAAUUGGAAAAUUGGAAGAAGAUGUUGUGUGAAGUUAAUCUUAUCAUAAUGCCGGCACGAACAGAGGGCUUCGGCACAACCAACCUCCGUGCUAUUUCUGCUGACCUCCCAGUACUUGUCAGCCAGAAUUGUGGUUUUGGAAUGGCUCUGAAGAAAUUACCCUCUGGAGGAAAACAUGUCAUUAAAUCAAAUAAACCUGAAGAAUGGGCAAAGAGGAUAAAGGAAGUCCUAGAAAAUAGCCCAGAAGAUCUGAUGACAGAAGCAAAGAAGCUUCGCAAAGAGUAUGAGGAAGAAUACAACUGGGAGAAGCAAUGUGAUGAUCUUGUUGAAAGAAUGCUUACAAUGUUUCCAAGCAAACAAGGUGUGUUUGAUUUAUCACAGAUUCACAGAGUGCUUGUCCACGCUAAGAGCAGGUUCUCUUUGAGAGCUAGCUCUUUAAUGGUAUAGCAAAAUUUAAUGUUGGUGAAUUGUUGAUUUACCUGAAUUUACUCCCACUCCAGGUUUUUUUUUUCUGAAGAGUUAUAGUAUCACAAAUUUUUUUCUGCAUUGUACAAGAGGUAAUUUCAAUGGCAUCAUAUAUCAUUCAAUAAAAUACCUGUGAAUGCCUUGAGUUACAACUGUUGAGUGAGUCUCAACUAUUACAAAUUAAAUACAAAAUUUCUGCAAAAAGUUGUUCUUAUUUUUUCUUAUAUUUUGAAAAAGGGAAACCAAAGCUCUGCUCUUGAUACUUUUAACCUAAACUCCCUUUCUCUAGCACUGUGUUUACAUCUUUUGUCCUUAAAGUAGUCCCUUUAUUGGGAGAUGCAGUGGCCAGAGGUCCGUUUUCAAGACCAGGCAGGUCAAUGUGUUGUGUUCUUGGGCAAGACACUUUUAGCCUCCCUCCACCCAGGAGUAUGAAUGGGUACCACUUAAUUGUCAGGGAAGCCUAAAGAAAUGUGGGGGGGAUAACCUUGUGAUGGACGGUGCAGCAUUCUCAGGGGGAGUGGUAAUACCCCUCUUUGCUUCGUGCUACAUGGAGACUCAGAUAAACUCUAGCUGGGUGGGCCAGUUGGCUUGUGUUUUGUAUGUAGUUAUAAUGUGGCUUGGGUUCAAUUUUCGAACUUAGUGUCUUUUUUCUCUCAAUGUUUCACAAAUAGAGAUUAACACUCCAACUCCCAAUUUAACAUGCCUUUGUAUUUGAUUUUUGAUAUAUAUUUUUCAUUGUUUCUAGCAACUUGAUUAAAAGAAUGUCUUUUCUUUCUCUCUUCAGAAGAUUUCAAACAAUGUGUUGAGCACAGUGAAGAGUCUGACCAAGCAAGGGGAGGGGAUCCAGAAGUCCAGCAAUGUGAAACCGAGGUAAUAGUAGAUAUGAGGAGAGAAUGCAUGAAAAUGUCAACCUUGGAAGCCAGGAGCCAAGGCCUGCAGAAGAAAAGAAAGUCAACCAAAGUGAGGGAAAAGCUACUGAGGAGAUGAUUGAUGCUGUUCAGAGAGAAACUCUGAAACUUAGCCUUAUCCAGGACAGGACUCAGGAGGAGAAAAAGAGGAGUGGAUUUGAUCAGGUGGACAGUGCAGCAGCAACAUUGGAUGGUGUUAAUGAUAGUGGAUCAAACAGGGAUCAGACAGGAAAGCUUUUCAAAGUUAAAGAUAUUCCUUUUUCUGUUUUGAGUAGUAUCUGCAUGAAACUUAACAUAAAGGAUGACUUGUCUUUUAGAGAUUUUCGCCAGCUUGGAGAGAAAAUGGGAUUUAAUAAGGAUUUCACAAAAGUUUUAGAACAGAAAAGUAAUCCUACUUAUGAACUUAUUGAACAGUGGCAUUCAAAUCCUAAAUCAACUGUAGAAAAUCUUUUAAUGAUACUCAAAGAUGAUGACAUGGGAAGAUGGGAUGUUGCAAUCAUUCUGGAAGACUGGUUGAAGAAGGAAGGGAUUGAUAAUUAG